AAUGUCUCAACAGGUCCGCAGCAGGGCAUGCAGCAAAGCCAACAAGCUCAAGAGCAGCAUCAGCAACAGCAACAGACUCAACAGCAACAACAGCAGCAGCAGCAACAGGCAAAUCAGCAACAGGAGCAGAAGGACAGCAUAAGUCGCAUCAAGCAUCACUACUGGCAGAUGAAGGAUGCACUAAUGGAAACCCUUGGCUGUGCUUCAACAAAUAUUGCAAACAACACCCAAGUUGAUCAGGGAUUAAGGUAUGUUUAAGAAAAAAGGAAGGUAUUUAGUGUGUGUCAAGAAUACUCUUUAUUAUACACACCAUACAGACAUACUUAGGUCUGUGUGUGUGUGUAUAUAUGUGUGUGUGGGUGUGGGUGGGUG